UCCUUGCUUACAGACCCCAGUUGGUCGGGCCCUGAGGGGAAGGCCUUUCUGUUGUCCUUGACUCGCAAACCUCUGUUAGGCGGGCCUAAUGUGCUCCAAACCUUGAAAGGCCAUCCUGUUGUUGAAGGGGGGUAGUUUUGUUGUCUUUGUCGCCUAGGCUGCUUCUUGGAAUACAGAGAUUGAUUAGAAGAAAUAAAUCUCUUCUGAUGGGUUGCAAUAGGAAUACAGUUUGAUCCUGUUGCAACCUUUUUUGCCCAGAUGUCUAGGUUCUGGUACUCUCCAAUGGCAUUUUGCCAAGGAAACCUGUGACAAUGGGUGACCGGGGUCUGAGACCGCGGUCGAUUUCGAUACCCCAAUCUUUGGUGCUGCUGGAGGGGAAUGAGUCCACGAGUGGACCAACCCUGAUUUCUCAGAGGUCCUAUUCCACGAGAAGUACCCUAGUUUCUCAGAGGUCGAAGCCCGCGGGGGGUCUAGCCCUAGUUUCUCAAAGGUCCAUCGUCGCCCAUUUUGUCCAGCCCUGGUUUUUCAGAGGUCCAGCGUCACCCAUUUUGUCGAUUUCGAUACCCCGAUCUUUGGUGCUACUGGAGGGGAAUGAGUCCACGAGUGGACCAACCCUGAUUUCUCAGAGGUCCUAUUCCGCGAGAAGUACCCUAGUUUCUCAGAGGUCGAAGCCCGCGAGUGGACCAGCCCUGGUUUCUCAAAGGUCCAGCGUCACCCAUUUUGUCCAGCGUACAUUCUUAUUCAGGCAAUGAAAUAGUUAAUAUUUACGGAUCAGGGAGCAGCUUGUGGAUGGGAAAUGAAUUCCUGGUGGUGUAGAAAAGGCGAAAACAUGAGGACAAUUCCCUUGUAAUCACUUGUCACAGAUACACAUCACUAUUCCUCAUGAACAGUACAGUCCCCAUGUACCAUUGGUGUUGAUGGCAUUUCAUGAAGAGCUGUUAACUUCAUUAUUCUUCUUGUAGAAAAUUUUGAUGGAAUAAUAUCAGAAGUAAUUCAUCAUAUUUGUUUCCUUGAGUUGUUAUUUAAACGGUCUUUGCUGACACUGACACAAUAUCAAUGACGUUGUGAAAGCUUGGUGUUAGGCAUUACAGUAAGGCAUUGGGUGUUGGCCUCAAGUGGGAAUUGUAGGGAAAUUAAGUAACCCUACAUUAAUUUUGAGUCUAAUUUAUGAUAAAAUUGUGAAUGAGUAAUCAAACCCAAACUAAGAGCUGAGGUUAUAAAGACAAAUUAUUCAAUGAAGAGAGAGAAGAUGUGCUUAACUAUUUCUAAGUGUGACUGUCGAUUUUGUCAUUAGAUUGGCUGAUAUGUUGUGACUAGUGCGACAGGAUUUGAUGGAUGUCUAUACUCUGUUCUAAAGCUCCCUUUUCGGCACAGGAUGAGAGCACAGUGACAAAAGUUAAAGACCCAGACUUCACACCUGCCAAUUACAUUUGCUUACAAGAUUCUAAGGCAUUUCCAAAGAAUCCAUUUUGUACAUAUCCUGAAAUCAUCACAUUCCAUUUGGUGGAUUAUGGUUUUAUGGAUAUCCAUACUAGGUUCUAAAGCAUCCACUUUUGCAUUCGCUUAGAAAUUACUAAGGCCUUUUCAACACAGCCUUUUUGUGCGUAUCCUGUAAUCAUUGCAUUCGAUGAGAUAGUAUCUCUUUCAGGCAUUUUGUCAAACAGUACACGUACGUUGUGUAUGCAUCCACAUUUCACAUGCAUGUCUAUCAGGGCAUUUAUGACUAGUACAUCUGACUGAAAUUCACAUUCAAUUAUGCUCUGAUGGAUAGUCAUACCCUCUUUUAAUAUGCCCAUUUUGGCACAGCAUGCUAGCAAAGAUGGCAGAGUCUGGCUUUGCAGCUCAUGAGAUCACAUUUUUCUGAGGCAUUUUGUCAAACGAUUCACGUACCUUAUCCAUACUUCCACAUAUUGCAUGCGUAUCUACCAGGGCAUUUACAAUCAUAACAUCUGACAUAAAACCUUUUCCAUUAUGCUUUCAUGGUUGUCCCUACGCUUUUCCAGAAUACUGGCAAAGGUGAACUGAUCACGUUGGACAGAAAAAAAUCAAGUUAAAAAAAUCAAGUUAAAGAGCAGGGGAUAAAACCAGUCUGUCUUGUGAAAGAAAAAAAUGACUCAAGACCAUUGUAAGCCACUGAAUAAAAAAUGCUUCAAGACUACUGUAAACUUUU